AUGGAUAGUGAAAUCGAAGAAACAAAGUCUUAUAUUCUCAGUUUAUGUUCUGCUAUUGGCGGUUUAGAAGAAAUCAAACAAGCAGACGGAACUAUUGCUCAAGUGUAUUGUCCCGGUGACGAAGCACUGGCGUGUUUACGUGAUCUGAAAAAGGCUAUUCGUAUUGAUAGUCAAAACAGUGAAAAGACAGUAUUAAGCACACUUGUAGAGUGUAACGUGGUUGAGACAGAUAUUGUACCUUUGAUCUUGUCUUUUCAUAAUGACACCAGUGAGAUUGGGAACCGGUUUGUUCUUGCCUGCCUUGAAUUGUUAGUGCCUAUGACUUGGCCUAUGGAACAAAACUUAGAUACAGAGGACGAAGAACAAAAAGAAGAUCCUAAUACAUUACAAUGCUAUCAAAAAUAUAAAGCAGGAUUAUUAACAGAAGGUGUCUUUGAGAUCAUCCUUCAACUUGUCCUUAAAUCCCUUCAUGUCGCCCCAAGAGAUCGUUCUAUUAUAGACCAUACCACCAUUCGACUUGGUCUUUAUCUAUUUCGUAAUUUGACAGCCAUUCCAGAUUUGAAUAUAUCACAAUCAGGUACAAUGGAUCAAAUCAGAAUGUCACAUAUGCAAGAAAUGUUGAUGAUUCGAUACUAUGAAGCAGACAUUAUUGAGUUUUUAUUGACUAUUGCAUCCAACAGUGAUCGACAAGAAGGGACAUCUGAAUGGAAUGUACUCGUAUUAGAGUCGCUUUAUAACUUGCUUAAGCACAUUGAUCCUAGAGAUACUUUUUCUUAUCAAUUUACAGAUCUUAGUUCAAAAGGAGAUUUACAUGAAGUAUCCAAAAAACUAUCUAAUUUACUGAGUGAAGAAACAUCUAACAAAAGACUCAAGACAAAACAUGUUCCUACAAGACAUAAUCGAUUUGGUGGAACCUAUGUGAUGACUUGGAAUGGCAAACAACGAGUGACACAUAGACAAGAAGGUGGUUAUGCUGAUUAUGAAUACUUGUUGGAAGCAGAAAAGAAGAAAUAUCGUAUUGGUAAAAGAAAACUAGAAGAUAAAAUGGGAGUCAAAAAAGUAUAUCAAGACACAAGAGCGUUGAUGUAUCUUCGUUUGAUGGCUCAGUCCUUUUUGAUCUCUUGUUUUAAUGCCUUUUGUGGUUCAUUAGUCAAAGACAUUCAGCGAGAAGACCAAAAGAUCAUGAACCAAGAUUAUGCUCGUUUCUUUUAUACCAUACGUUGGUUUUUAGAAUACCACAGUUAUGAACAACGGGCUACUGUAGAGCGUAAAAGAGACCAAGGGCAUGUAUUUGAACAUGAAGACAAAAACUUUGAUUUUGCACUGGUGGCUACCAUGCUGGAUCUUAAGGCAGUCUUGUUUUGCCUAAGACAUAUGCGUAUCAAACUUGAAGAGAAAUCAUGGUUUGAUCUACAGAUGAUUGUAGAUUGUGUGCGUCAGAUUCUGAUUAGUAUAGGUGUCAUGUAUCAAUCUGAACUGGAAGAACACAGAACUAUUGCAGAACAUAUUCAGAGUAACUUGUAUUAUGAACAAACAUCGCUUGAUUUGUUUGUGGAUAUCAUCAAAUGCUAUAAAUCACAGUCUUAUGGUUAUUUGAAAUCAGUCAUUAUGUUUACGCAUGUCUUGCUCAAGUUACUAGAUCAAUAUCAAAAGGGCAAAAAAGUACUGUUUGUAAGAAAAAAGGCACAAAAGAAAAAAGCAGAAAAGGAAGAAGAAGAGGAGGAAGAAGAAGAGGAGGAUAUGACAUACCAAUCCUACCAAGAUUCGGUCUUUAACUUCUCCUUGUUUGAAAAGAAAUACAUGACAACAGAAGUAGUCAAUGCCUAUUGUUCUCUAUUAGAAUGUUAUCAUGAAUUACAGCCUGACUACUUUACUUGUAUUACACAUAUGUUUCAUCGUAUGAUGGUCAAGCGAAAUGUAGACUAUGUAUUCUGGAAGUUACCUGUCAUGGAGCUCUUUAAUCGUAUCUUAAUGGACUAUCCUCGUCUUCCAAAAUCAGAACCAUUGAGUCAAUUGCGACAAUUUAUCAUUUACUCUACUCGCCAAUUCUUUAAAUCUGCUGCUCAAUACCCACUUUUGUAUGUAGAAGCACUUGUGCCUUCCAUUCGAUCAGACAGAGCCAUGUGGACAGAUACAAGGCCUUUAGAGACUCAUGAAGAACCUACUCGAGAGCAAUCACCAUCGCCUGUUCCAACAAAUAAGAACAUUAUUGACGAUGCUAUGGUAGACCUUAUCUUUGCUCAAGGACAAAGGGAAAAGGAGAAAAUGGCAAAUCAGGAAGAAGAAGCUCUUUUGCGAGAUGACAUUGCUUUAGAACCUGUUGAUGAUACAUUAGAAGAGGAUAUUCUUGCUGAUGAUAUUGCCCUUGAACCCACAGACAUCGCAUUAGACAACACACCCAGCCAUUCAAUAGAACCCACAAAACCUGAGACUGAAUCUGCCACUAUUUUUAUGAGCGAUGAAGAAGAAGGCAAUAUCAACUUUGUAUCGAUAUAA